UUCAUCUUAUCGGGGAUGACGUCACGUUCGCCUUAUAAUUCCAUUGAAGAGAAGCUUUCCAAAUCAGCAGCGAACAAGCAAAACACUGUUAAGGUUAAGUUUGAUAUUUGUAGCGUUAAUAUGGAUCCCGCACACAGAAGGACCCUCCGAACACAUAGACUAGAUCUUAUUAAAGAUCUUGAAGCCGAUAAAGUCGCUUCAACGCUUUAUGGAGUUGGAAUUUUAGACGAAACGGACUUAGAAGAUAUAAAAGCUGCCAAACCAUCGCAGGAAAAAGCUGAAAUUCUACUGGAUAAACUGCCAAAGAGGGGCCCAGAUGCCUUUAGCAAGUUUUGCGAUGCCUUGGAGGAUAUCUCACCACAUCUUGCAUCCUAUUUGAGACCCUCUCAAACGAAAGAUUCUGGGAAGCUAUCAGGAGAUGUAGAAGAUGGUGCCGCCCAGGGUCCUAUUGAAUCUGUUGAUGGUGGGAAUGCAGAAGGCGGUGGAUUGACUGUUGAUGGUGGGCUGAAUAUAUUUGGCAGCAGCUCCAAGUCAUCUAGCCCUUCGGGAGACCUUCAUAUUUAUAAGAUGGACAAGACACCAAGGGGUGUAGCAGUCAUUAUAAACAACAAAGAUUUCCUUCCUGCAUCAGGCAUGCAUCGGUACCCUCGCAAUGGCACCAAUGUAGACAGAGAUUCCCUGGAAAAAACUUUUAAGGCCUUGCAAUUUGAUGUUGAAGUUCACAACAAUAAAACGACCUAUGAGACUAACAGAAUUAUCAAGGAACUUGGUCAGAGGAGUUAUUCUAACUACAAUGCUAUGAUCUUUGCCAUUCUUACCCAUGGUGAGGAAGGGAUACUCUACACCACUGAUGGAACGAUAGAGAUUCGAAGCAUGAUGAAGGCAUUCAAAGGUGACAACCUUGUUGGCAAGCCUAAAAUCUUUAUCUUCCAAGCCUGCCAAGGACAUGAGUAUAUGGAUGGUAAAGAUGCCACCGAUGCCGGCCCCGAGGAUGCCAAUCGUGUUCAAGUCCCAGUGGAGGCAGACUUCCUGUAUGCCUACUCCACCGUGCCAGGGUAUUACUCAUGGCGUAAUUCUGUUAAUGGAUCAUGGUUUAUCCAGUCCAUUUGUGAAGUGUUCAACAAGCACAUGCACAACAUGGAUGUGCUACGGAUGAUGACAAGAGUGAAUAGCUUAGUGUCUACCUACCAGUCUAGAACAGGUGACUACUAUUCUGAUAGAAAGAAACAGGUUCCUAGUAUUGUAUCUAUGCUCAGAAAAGAUCUUUUUUUCUUUCCCGAGAAUGUAACCCAGAAUUAGGUGACCACAUAGGACAGAGAAAAUAGUGCUCUAAGGAAUUCCAGAAGCACUCUGUUUCUAAUUUGUAUGCCAAAGAAAGAGAAACAAGAAAAAACAGAAGUAUUGAAGCAGACCAGAAUUUAGCCAGUGUUUUCGUAACAUAGGAUUCAAUGGUUAGCAGCAAAGGUUUUGUCGAAAAUUGACUUCUUUUUAUACAUCUUACUGUACUGGUAGUUGGGUUUGGCAAUUUCCCUAAAUUUGAAUGUUUUGCUACCAUUCUUUUUUUCAUUAGGAAGUACUGUAUUAUAAUAUAGGGUAUUUUAAAACAUAUAUCAAUGUUCUAUUGCUGGUGUUAAUUUGCUGUAAAUUGCAUAUUUAAAAAAAAAACCCUGUUGUUUAUCAUGAUUAAAAAAAUAAUGUUUAAGACUAGAAAGGAUACUAUUUUACUAACCAGGAAUGGAAGCUAUGCUGCAAUGGUUUUGAGGAAGACUGCAACAUAUGUAUAUAACCUAAUUGUUAAUUUUAAAAACAAUUGAUGUUAUAACUCAUCAUAGCAACAUAAUGUAUUUCUACAUAAAUAUUGAUUUCUUACAUUUGCAAACAUGAUAUUUUUUUGCACUUUAUAGAUAAUGGCAAGUAUGUGGAUGUUAGAACUCACCGUAGUGAUUGAUUAAACUUAACAAGCAACACUAACUACUAGUUUGAGAUGCAAAGACAGACAAAAAACAAAUGAUUGCAUGAAAAAGUAUGCAAACGUUUAUGGAUUAAGCUUAAUCACUCUGUAGUUCUGUAUCAUUUUAAGAUUUCUUGUAAAAUCAACCUUAAUGUUUUUUUAUUUAUGAAAGGAUCGUAGUUCUUGUUUUAGCUUGUUAUUCAUUAUACAAAGAAGCUAUAGGAUAAAACUAAUGAACUAAUAAACAAAACUGUAUGUGAGGCUAAAA